AUGGCGGCGCAGAGGCGCGCGGCGGGCGCUUCUCGGGGGCGCUCGACCAUGGCGCAGUGGAGCAAGAAGAGGAAGAAGGGGCAGCGGCGGCGGCGGCAGGGCGCGGACCCCCGGGCGCAAGGCAGCGACUCGGACGAUGGCGACUUCGAGGUGCCCGCGGGGGACGACGCCCGCGCGCCCAAGCUGGCGCCCGGUCGACCCCUGCCCGCCUUCCCCUCCUCGGAAUGCACGUCGGACGUGGAGCCGGACACACGGGAGAUGGUGCGGGCCCAGAACAAGAAGAAGAAGAAGUCAGGAGGCUUCCAGUCCAUGGGCCUGAGCUACCCUGUGUUCAAAGGCAUCAUGAAGAAGGGCUACAAGGUGCCCACACCUAUCCAGAGGAAGACGAUCCCGCUGAUCCUGGAUGGCAAGGAUGUGGUGGCCAUGGCACGGACGGGCAGUGGCAAGACCGCCUGCUUCCUCAUCCCCAUGUUCGAGCGGCUCAAGGCCCGAAGUGCCCAGAGUGGGGCCCGUGCCCUGGUGCUCUCACCCACUCGUGAGCUGGCGCUGCAGACCAUGAAGUUCACCAAAGAGCUGGGCAAGUUCACUGGCCUCAAGACCGCCCUGAUCCUCGGUGGAGACAAGAUGGAGGAUCAGUUUGCGGCGCUGCAUGAGAACCCCGACAUAAUCAUUGCCACCCCUGGGCGUCUGGUGCAUGUGGCCGUGGAGAUGAGCCUGAAGCUGCAGAGUGUGGAAUAUGUGGUGUUUGACGAGGCUGACAGGCUCUUCGAAAUGGGGUUUGCGGAGCAGCUGCAGGAGAUCAUUGGCCGCCUCCCCGGGGGCCACCAGACCGUGCUUUUCUCAGCCACCCUGCCCAAACUGCUGGUGGAGUUCGCCCGGGCUGGCCUCACGGAGCCCGUGCUCAUACGGCUGGAUGUGGACACCAAACUCAACGAGCAGCUCAAGACAUCCUUCUUCCUGGUUCGAGAGGACACCAAGGCCGCUGUGCUCCUGCACCUGCUGCGCGGCGUGGUGCGCCCCCAGGACCAGACCGUGGUGUUUGUGGCCACUAAGCACCAUGCUGAGUACCUCAGCGAGCUGCUGACGACCCAAGGAGUGAGCUGCGCCCAUAUUUACAGCGCCCUGGACCAGACAGCCCGCAAGAUCAACCUGGCCAAGUUCACGCAUGGCAAGUGCUCAGUGCUGUUAGUGACCGACCUGGCGGCCCGAGGCCUGGACAUCCCCCUUCUGGACAACGUGGUCAACUACAGCUUUCCCGCCAAGGGCAAGCUUUUCCUGCACCGCGUGGGCCGCGUGGCCCGGGCCGGCCGGAGUGGCACCGCCUACUCCCUCGUGGCUCCCGACGAGCUCCCCUACCUGCUGGACUUGCACCUGUUCCUGGGCCGCAGCCUUACCCUGGCCCGCCCCCAGGACACACUCCCCGCGGGGCCUGCAGAUGGCGUGCUGGGCCGGGUGCCUCAGACCGUGGUGGACGACGAGGACGGUGGCCUGCGAACCUCGCUAGAGGCAUCGCUGGAGCUGCGGGGCCUGAGCCGCGUGGCUGACAACGCGCAGCACCAGUACUUGCGCUCAAGGCCAGCGCCCUCGCCUGAGUCCAUCAAGAGGGCCAAGGAGCUGGACGUGGGGGCGCUGGGUCUGCACCCGCUUUUCAGCUCACGCUGUGAGGAGCAGGAGCUGCAGAGGCUACAGCUGGUGGACAGAAUCAGGGGCUACCGUGCCCGGUCGACCAUCUUCGAGAUCAACGCCUCCAGCCGUGACCCGGGUAGCCAGGUGAUGCGGGCUAAGCGGCGCAGGGACUGCAAGGCCAUUGCCAGCUUCCAGCAAGACCUGCAGGCGCGGCAGCACCAGGCCCCAGCCAGGCCGCAGGUGGCCCCAGAGGAGCAGCAGCAAAAGGAGGAGGAUGAGGAGAGUCAGAGAGUGGAGGAGGACGGUUUGAGAGUGGAGGUGGAUGGCCAGAGAGUGGAGGAUGUCUUCACGGAGGUUGUGGGCCAGAAGCGGCAACAACCUGGACCUGCCCGCAGAGCUAAGAGGCGCCGGGAGAUGGCGGGACAGCGUGACCAGGACUUCUACGUGCCCUACCGGCCCAAGGACUUCGACAGCGAGCGGGGCCUGAGCGUCUGUGGUGAUGGAGGUGCCUUCGAGCAGCAGGCGGCCGGCGCCGUCCUAGAUCUGAUGGGGGAUGAAGCCCAGAACCUCACCCGUGGCCGGCAGCAACUCAAGUGGGAUCGGAAGAAAAAGCGUUUCGUGGGACAGACGGGACAGGAGGACAAGAAGAAGAUCAAGACCGAGAGCGGCCGCUUCAUCAGCAGCUCCUACAAGAGAGACCUCUACCAGAAGUGGAAGCAGAAACAGAAGAUCAAUGACCGGGAUUCGGAGGAUGAAGGCCCUUCCAACCAUCGAGCCCCGGAGCGCAGGGGUGGGAGGUGGGGCCGAGGCCAAGGUGCCUCCCAGUCCCGAACUCCAGGGGCCCCCAUGGGCCCCGUGCGCUCCGAGCUCAAGACCAAGCAGCAGAUCCUGAAGCAGCGACGCCACCGCCAGAAAAUGCAGUUUCUGCAGCGCGGGGGCCUGAAGCAGCUCUCUGCCCGCAAUCGACGCCGGGUGCAAGAGCUGAAGAAGGGCGCCUUUGGUCGGGGCGCCCCCUCAAAGAAAGGCAAGAUGAGGAAGAGGAUGUAAGGGAGGUGCUGGGCUUCAAGGAUGUCAGCUCAGGUGCCCUGGGGGUGCCACCAGAAGUGUGCUGGACCGGACUGGACCGAUGUCCUCGAAGAACAACCCUACAUGGCCAGAAAAACUGCUACGAUGAGGAUAUUUGAGCAGGGUCUUGAAGUAGGAGUUUUCCAGCGGAGGCCUGGCAGGCAGACCGGGACCGAGCUGGCGGUUUGCUGCUGCUUCCUGUUCAGGGUUCAGGGGUCAUUGUCCACAUGGGUCUGACCCUUGACUGCCAGUAGAAUGUUUUUAAUAAACUUGUUGAGCACA